AUGGGGGAGAAUCCAAUGGCAGCAAUAAACCUGUAUGCAUUCUUAUGUGGGAAUUUGGAACUGGGGAUGACAGCCGAAGAAAAGCAGAUCACCGUGGGAUCGGCCGGCGCCGAAUACGACACCGCGGGCUGCGAUUGGCUCCGCUCCGUCCUCUGCGCCUCCAAUCGGCGGAGGCGGACCGUGGAGGCGCCGGAUAUAAACGGGCUCCCGGAGGCCGGUGCGCGCUUGGCGAGGCGCAUCCAGCCCGAUGGGGAAAGCGCGGGGCGACUCUGGGCGGGAGCGCCUGCCCGAGAUGCGGCUGGGCUGCCUCUCCGGGUCCCAGGCGCCGAGCACCUUCCUCCUCCUCUUCUUCUUCUUCCUCCUCCUUCUACUCCUCCCGUGGAGCCUGGCCGAGGUUUGCCUUUGCGCGUCGGAGCGGCGCGGCUGGGGAAAGGGGGCUCGCCUGACGCCGCCUCUCGCUUUUGCUCUUUGCAGGUCCGCGGCCGCUGCCGCCUGCCGUGCGAGUGCCCCGCCGAGCCGCCCGCCUGCACGCCCGGCGUGCCGCCGGUGUUGGACGGCUGCUCCUGCUGCCUGACCUGCGCCCGGCAGCGCGGGGAGAACUGCUCCGAAGCGACGCCCUGCGACGAGAGCGCCGGCCUGUUUUGCGACCGCCAGGCGGGAAGGGAGGCCGGCCUCGGCGUUUGUAGGGACCUUGAAGGAGACAACUGUGUUUUUGAUGGGAUUAUUUAUCGAAGCGGUGAGACCUUCCAGCCCAACUGUAAAUACCACUGUACCUGCAGGGAUGGACAGAUCAGCUGUGUGCCCCUCUGCAAUGUUGAUUUGUUGCUUCCUGGUCCUGAAUGCCCCUUCCCAAGAAAAGUUGAAGUUCCCAAGGAAUGCUGUGAACAAUGGUCAUGUGACCCUAAAAAAGAUGACGCUGAAGAGUUUGCAAUGGCAGGAUUCAGACAGGAAGCUACCUUGGGGGCUGAAGGUUCUGACUCAAGUUCUAACUGCAUUGAGCAGACAACGGAAUGGAGUGCAUGUUCCACCAGCUGCGGCAUGGGAGCCUCCACCAGAGUCACCAACAAGAACCCCAUGUGUGAGAUGGUGAAAGAGAUGAGGCUGUGUGAAGUGCGUCCCUGUGAAAAGAGUCCACUACCUGAUAAGAAGGGGAAAAAAUGUCUCCGAACUAUAAAGCCUCCCACAGCUGUCCAUCUGGAGUACCAGAACUGCACCAGCAUCCAUAUGUAUAAACCCCGUUACUGUGGCAUCUGCAACGAUGGACGGUGCUGCACUCCACACACGACAAAAACAAUCCAGGUGGAAUUCCGUUGUCCUCAAGGCAACACCAUCCAGCAUCCUCUGAUGUCCAUUACUAGUUGUGUGUGUCACAAGAACUGUCCUCAGAAUAGCAACGCUUUUGUUCGAAAGCUCAGUUGAAUGAGCCACUCAGAAAUCACCAGACUGGUCUUCUGAUGCUUUAGUAACAUGUAUCUUCUCUUUUGGGGGAGGGAGGAAGGAUCAGAUGCUUUGAUUCCCGAUCCUGUCUAUCCUUUGAUUUCUAGAUAAGGCAUUUCAGUUCCUGUGGAAUUUCUUUUGAAACCCUGCUUGCUUCAAACGUCGUUUUGCGCCAUUAAAAUAUUGUCACUUGGGGUGUAUAGAACUUUUAUCUCUUAGCAGCUUCUUCUUUCUUGGCUACCUGUGCUAGCUUGCUGUAAGUCACAUUUCUGCAUUGUUCUCCUGGAGCAAUUGUUUGAACUUGACGAGCAAGAUGCUUGUAUUCUAGUAUGAUUUACUGUCAUGAUAUUUAUUACAGCGAGGAAUGGGCACAUCAAGAGUUGAAAUCCUCUCUACCAGCAAGAAAAGUGUUAUUUGGGUCAGCCACAAAAACAAUUCCUACUGAGUGCUCAUUUUUCUUCCACAAAUUAAA